UACUACUUCGGAAAAAAGUGUCCGCAAAAUCGAUUUUGCGCCGAGAUUGCUGUGCUACAAAUGCUCUAACAUACUCUUCGGCUUGAGAAAAUUGCGGCUUGACCUUUCCCAAAUUUCCCCACCUACCUCCCGAGCCCAAACCCCUCUAUUCGCACCUCCGUCCUCCCCGCGGUUUCUAGAUGACUCGAGAAGCGAUGCGGAAGAAGGCGAAGGCCGUGCCGGAGUGGCUGAACAGCCCGCUCUGGUCGACCCCGCCGCUCGCCUCGACCCCCGCCGACCCCUUCGGCACCGACUUCUCCCCGCCACCUGCCCCGUCCCCCAAGCCGUCUCCUUCCGUUCCGCCGCCGCCGAUGCGCGAGCAGGCGGUCGAUUCCUAUGCUGGCCGCGGGGGAGAGAUACGAGAAGAGGACGGCGCUGGCGCUGCUCUCCGGGCGCACUUGCUUGCCGACUUCAAGGCCGCGCUGUCUAAGAAGGUGGUGAACAUGGGGGAGCUGCGGAGACUCGCCUGCCUUGGCGUGCCAGAUGGCGGCGGCACGGACGUACGACCGCUCGUGUGGAAGCUUCUUUUGGGGUAUUUGCCAACUGAACGCUCUUUAUGGCCUUAUGAACUAGAAAAGAAGCGAAGUCAGUACAGUGCAUAUAAAGAUGAGUUUCUUCUAAAUCCUUCAGAAAAAUUACGUAGAAUCGAGGAAUCAAAGCUGUCAAGAAAGAAAGAAUUAACUGGUGAAAGGAAUGGCUUGCUCCCAAGGUCAGAAGUAACUAAUGAAGAGCAUCCUUUGAGCUUUGGUAAAUCUAGCUUGUGGAAUCAAUACUUCCAGGAAUCAGAGAUCCUGGAGCAGAUAGACCGAGAUGUGAAGCGAACACAUCCAGACAAGUCAUUUUUUUCUGCCAAGUCUAACCAGGAAUCACUAAGGCGUAUUCUCAUUAUAUUUUCAAGAUUAUACCCUAGUGUAAGAUAUGUGCAAGGGUUGAAUGAAGUUUUGGCACCUCUAUUUUACGUAUUGAAGAACGACCUUGACACAAGUAACUCGACUUCAGCUGAAGCAGACACUUUCUUUUGCUUUGUUGAAUUGAUUAGUGGCUUUAAAAACAACUAUUGUAAACAUCUUGACAACAGCCGGGUGGGUAUUCGGUCUAUACUUUCAAAGUUGUCUCAACUCUUAAAGAAACAUGACGAAGAGCUAUGGCGUCAUAUGGAGGUCAUUACAAAGGUGUACCCGCAAUACUAUGCAUUUAGAUGGAUUACAUUACUGUUGACAAUGGAGUUCAGCUUCAAUGUGUGUAUUCACAUCUGGGAUGCCAUGUUGGGCGAUCCCGAAGGUCCUCCGGACACGUUGCUGAGGAUAUGCUGUGCUAUGCUCAUCCUUGUCCGGAAGCGGCUCCUGGUUGGAGAUUUCACCGCCAAUAUCCAGCUGCUGCAGCACUACCCGCAAACUAACAUAGAUCACCUCCUCCACAUCGCUAACAGAUUGAGAGGAACCAUGCCCAGCUAGUGAUUGGGAUGCCAUCUUGUCCGUGUGGUGUUCAUCCGGGCACAACUAAAUGUAUGUACAUUGACCCUGUCCAUGAGGUGUAUCAUGACAUCAUGCCAAGUUUCAUCUUGUUCUCUUCA